CCGAUUGCAAGUGUUGCUUUAACAUUAUUUUAUGAAAACAAAAGAUUAUUCUAAAUCUGCUGAUGGCCGAUUCAUCUGCGUUGUUUGCAUGCACAAAAUGUAACUCGAGACAUCCUUUUGAGGAGCUUUCUCAAAGCGAACAGCUAUGUAAAGAUUGUCGCAACAAUUACCCUGUGGUCAAAUGUACCUACUGCCGAGCAGAAUUUCAGCAAGGGAAGGGAAGCACCAGUACAAUUUGUAAGAAGUGUGCUCAGAAUGUGAAGUCUUAUGGAAAGCCCACAGCAUGUGAAUAUUGCAAUGUGAUUGCGGCUUUCAUCGGUAACAGAUGCCAGCGUUGUACCAACUCAGAGAAGAAAUGGGGCCCUCCAAUGACAUGUGAACAAUGUAAACAAAAAUGUGCCUUCGACAGGAGUGAAGAUAGCAGGAAAAAGGUUGAUGGGAAAACGUUAUGUUGGCUAUGUACCUUGGCUUACCGCAGAGUCUUGGCAAAGACUAGAAAUCGUCAAGAGGAGUCACUUAAAAACUAUGGGAGCCAACGACUAAGUGAAAGCUUAGGCAGUGUCUCAAAACCCAUCAUAGUGGAUGGUGGGAGCAGUGCAGGGAGCAAUCAUGAGAAUACUGAGAAAACUCGAAACAGUGAGAAAGUUUCAGGGAAUAGUGAGACCAGGACUGGUGGUGAAAAGCGAGACGGGAGCACGGAGCCUUCUGGAGUAGACAAGAGUAGCAGUGGUGGUGGAGACAAGUCCAGUAAAGACAAACAUAACACUAAUGAUAAACAUCAUCAUCAUCACCAUCACCGACAUCAUCACCAUCAUCAUCGUCACGGCAGCAGUGACAAACAUGGACAUCACGGCAGCAGGGACAAGAGCAAAGACCACAAGUCAUCGUCUCACAAGUCUAAAACUCAUCACAGUAACAACAAAUCUCAUCAUGACCACAGCAGUGGUAAGAAGCCUAAGCUGGACUCCACACCCACCUCAGGCACAACAAGUACUACCACUAAGACCACAACCAAUGGGGUGACUCCAACAAAAGGGACUUCCUUGAGCACGAGCAUGGCUUCCCUGACAGAGAAAUCUAUACCUGAUCUGAACAGCACGGAUCACAUGAUAGCUAUCACCCAGCUGAGGGAAGAACUGGAGGCACUUAAGAAACAGAUACAAGGCAAAGACCAGCAGAUGAAGGAAAAGGAAAUGAAGAUAACUGAGCUGAAAGCCAAGCAGUAUGAAUCUGAAAAGGAAGUCCGAGCCAAAAUAACAACUCUACAAAAACGUCAUUCAGAGGCUAUUGAAACAUUACAGAUUAAGAACCGAGAUUUGAUGAAGCAAGUGGCGUCUUUAUCUAAGGGAAAUAAGAACAAAUCUAUAGCCACAGGCAGUCCAUCUCUGUAGAAUUGGGAAAUUUCCUAAUUCCCAUGUUGGCCCUGAACACACCCGCCUUUGUCCUUAUUUAUUUUUGUAAUGUGACCAAUGAUCUUGUUCUUACCCACCUAGUCCAGAUCUGCUGUGGCCUGAUUGUCCACUUGUGUUAAGUUUAACUAGUUUUAGCCAGGUAGGUAUGAUAGGGCAGUCUUGUAAAAAUACAGAAAACCAAAAUAGCCUAAACUUGUUGUUACGUUUUCAAAGAGGCUAGAGUCCACAAUGCCACUUUUUGAGUUUAGGGAAAAUGUAAACUUUGAUUUUAAUGUUUAAUCUUUGCUCCCUUAAACACUCCCUUAAAAAUUUCGAGUUCGAAUCAGUCAGAUCAAAUCAAAUCAAACAAAAAUUCUUUUAUAUGUGGUGGGCUGCAAAAGGACCUAA